GCAAAAAUGCGCCAGCAGCACAACUAGCACAAUUCACAUAUAGGUCAGAUGUAGUCACGUGACCUGCUAGCUUUACCAUGCAAUGUGAAGCAGACAUUAUGAACUUAAGAGACAGGCAGGUCCAGAUUUUGAAAGUUAUAGACAAGCAGGACCUAUUAAUAGGAGACAAGGGAGUCAAUGUUUCACGGUUGAUUUCAACCCGCCAUGGUUGAUUGGAUGUUAGAAAGCAAGAAUAAAGAUUAGUUCAACCCGUCAACAUUCCCGUCUUGUUGCCUGUCUCUACAAAGUGAAACAUUUCCUUGGAGUUCAAGGGUUCCUAUCAACAGUGAGUUGACUCGUCAUAGACAUGGCUGCGCGAGUGAGAACCCCAGUGAUGCGAACAGAAGUGUUAAGUGAAAGGGCAGAGACAUUGAAAUUGUCCAGAGCCGCUUAUAUGGGACAGAUGACUAAACUCUAUAAUGAAAUGGAAAAUUUAAUGCUUGACUUUGAUAACUAUCAGGCAGUAAUCAAGAAAAAGGACAGCUUAAAUGAAGCCUUUGAGAAGCUGAAACCAAUCCAGUUAGAGUAUGCUGAUGUUUUAAGCCAUCUAGAGCAGACAGAACAUUUGAAUGAGGCCAGUGCAGUUUAUGAGAGUGUAGUUAAAAAUAAACUUGAAUUUGAUCAAAGACUUUUAGAGUGGAAUGAAUCUCGUCAUAGACAGCGUCAUUUAACCGACCCGUCACACAAAGGCAGCUCUAGUUCCUCAAGAUCUUCAAAAGUCAGUAGUCGAGUCAGUGAGAAGAUUAAAGAGACAAAGGUAAAGGCUGAGGUUGCCAGGCUGAAACUCAAACAACUCUCCAUAGAAGAGGAAAUGAAGCAUAAGCAAAUGAUCUAUGAACAGGAACAAGAGCGCAAAAAACAAGAGAGUGAAAGUCAGUGUAACCUACUAAAGGUAAAAAAUGAAGUUGAUUGUGCAGAAUUGGAAGCAAGGCUGUGGGAGGAAGAAUAUGAAAAGUGGGACAACAUUUUAGAAGAACAUGCAAAUAAACUUGAUACAAGCAAUGUUAGUGUUCCAUUGUUGCCAACAGUAACUGUUUACCAUGAUCAAACAUUGUCACAAGUGCAGGUUAGUGAUAAUCCUGUAUCAGUAGCCAACCCUAUAUAUGUUACCUGUUCUAUGACUGACACCAGUUGUACACUGAAUUCAACUGUAAAUAACACUCAGCCUGCAUAUGCGCCGGUUACACAGCCAGCAUAUGCCCCGGUUACACAGCCAGCAUAUGCACCCGUUACCCAGCCAGCAUAUGCCCCAGUUACACAGCCAGCAUAUGCACCGGUUACACAGCCAGCAUAUGCCCCGGUUACACAGCCAGCAUAUGCACCAGUUACACAGCCAGCAUAUGCACCGGUUACACAGCCAGCAUAUGCACCAGUUACACAGCCAGCAUAUGCACCAGUUACCCAGCCAGCAUAUGGGACGGGGUCCAGAGUUCCGAUUACUCAGCCAGCAUAUGCACCGGUUACCCAGCCAGCAUAUGCACCAGUUACCCAGCCAGCAUAUGGGACGGGGUCCAGAGUUCCGAUUACUCAGCCAGCAUAUAGGGAUACCAGUGUACCUCCACAGCAGCCGUAUGUAAACAUAGCCAGUAUGCCCCAGCCAGCGCACGGUCCUUUGCAGAAUGUCAACCCACCUUCACUUGAUGCUAUUAUGUAUGCUAGCAUGAUUCAAGGCAUUAAUAUGCCAAAAAGGGAGUUUAUGUACUUUGAUGGGGACCCUGUUAACUAUCCAACUUUUAUGAGAAAUUUUGAAAUAAAUGUAGAAAACCAGGUUCAAGAUGAUUGUGUUAGGUUGACCUAUUUGAUUCAGUUUUGCACUGGGAAAGCAAAGAGUGCCAUAAAGGAUUGUGUAAUUUUGCCCCCAAGUCAAGGUUAUCAGCAAGCCAAAUCUAUCUUGUUUACAAACUUUGGACAGAGGCAUAUUGUUGUGCAGAAUCUAAUCCAAAAAUGUACAAAGGGUCCAGUCCUGAAGCCGCAACAGAGCCAAGGACUUUCUCAAUUAGCAAGGGAUAUGAAAAAUGCACUUCUGUGUUGUAGACAGAUGGGUUAUAGUGGAGAUUUGAAUUCAUUUGACACUAUGACUAAAGUAGUCAAACGAUUACCUUUACAUUUACAAGGCGAGUGGGCCAAGGAAGCUGGGAAAAAAUUGAUCAGUUGCUCUGAUGUAACCUUUGAAGAUUUGUCCACAUUUCUUGAGACAAGGGCCUUGAUUGCGAAUUCAAGUUUUGGAAUGUUAGUUGGAGCCAGACCAGAGAAACCAAGCAACAACAGACAUAAGGCAUCACCAGCUAUUAUACAAAGGGUCACAACAUUAGCCACAACAGCAACGCAGUCAAAACAGGAUACCAAAGGUUGUUUAUUUUGCGGUAGAAACAAUCAUAAUCUCACGCGCUGUUUCCGAUUCCCAAAGAUUCCUCAUGAAGAGAGGAGGGACUUCACACGUAAGCACAAACUAUGUAAUCUAUGUCUGUCAGCAGACCCACCACACUUUGCAAAGGAUUGCAAGAGUAAAAGAAUGUGUACAGUUGAUGGUUGUGGCAGACGACACCACACAGCGCUGCAUUGGAGUCUAGGUGCAAGUCAGAGUCGUUCAGGUGUGCCAUCUCAUUCCAAGGAUGUCAACACCGAUGCCCCUCCUACAGAUGCUGUGAAGUCAUCAGUAAACUUUGGGAAAUGUCACCAACAACGUAGAACUGUUCUCCCAGUCCUUCCAGUGAGAGUGUGUAAUCCAGAUUCUGGACAGGAAAUCAGCACAUACGCAUUUCUCGAUAGUGGAUCGGACACUAGUAUGUGUUUAUCGAGCCUAGCUGAAAGAUUAGGAAUUGAGGGGGAGCCAGUUGAUUACAAGUUGACCACUGUAAAUGCUGAGAAGACCAUAUAUGGAAGGAAAGUGCAACUUGAUCUCAAACACCUGAGCUCAAAUGAAGGCAUCAUGAUUGAUCAACUUUUAACAACAAACAAGUUACCUGUGUCCAGUGAACAGAUUUGUAAUGCUCAAGAUGCGUCUCGAUGGCCACAUUUGAAGGAUGUCAACAUUGAAGAGUUAGAAGAUAAGAAGGUCGAGAUACUCAUCGGCUGCGAUGUCCCAGAAGCGCAUUGGUUACUAGAUGAGCGCCGUGGAAAGAGACAACAGCCAGUUGGCAUUAAAACGAUCUUAGGUUGGACCAUCAUGGGGCCCGUGUGUGAAAAUGGGACUAAAAUCACGACAGUUUCCGCCAACUUUAUUCACUUAGAUCAAACAGUGAAUUGCAGUGCCCCCAUAGAGUGUAUGGAAUCUGUAUCUACAAAUCUCGAACGAAUGUGGACGACUGAGUUCAGCGAGAAUUUAGCAGAUGUUAAAGAUUGUGUCUCCAUGGAAGAUAGAAGAGCCAGAGAUAUCAUGGAAAGAUCUGCAGUGUUUAUUGAUGGCCACUACCAGAUUGGUUUGCCUUGGAAAUAUGACCACCCAUGUUUGCCCAACAACUUGUCUAUGGCCAAGAAGCGGAUUAACCUGCUAAAACGACGUUUUCAAAGAGACCCAGCACUUUUUAUCUCAUACAAAGCAACCAUGACAGAUUACAUCGAGAAAGGACAUGCUCGGGUGUUAACAGAGGAAGACACAACAUCAGAGGUCAAGUGGUAUGUUCCCCACCAUCCAGUGUUUAAUCCUAAUAAGCCAAACAAAGUCCGAGUAGUUUUCGAUUGUGCAGCGAGGUUUGGUAAUACAUCUCUGAAUGAUCAGCUUCUACAGGGACCGAAUCUCACGAGCUCAUUAUUAGGUGUACUACUUCGCUUCAGACAGGAAAGGAUAGCAGUAGUUUCCGACAUUGAGCAGAUGUUUCACCAGGUACGGGUUAAACCCAGUGACUGCGGUGCCUUUAGUUUCCUAUGGUGGCCAGACGGUGAUUUAUCUAAAGAACCCACUGAUCAUCAGAUGUUGGUGCAUUUGUUUGGAGCAUCUUCUUCACCCAGUUGUGCAUCUUAUGCAUUACAAAAAACUGCUCAUGAUAACAGAAAGGACUUUGACAUUCAUGUGAUUGGCUCUGUGUACAAGAAUUUCUAUGUUGAUGACUUAUUGAAAUCAGUGAGUGGAACAGAAGAAGCCAAAUCAUUUAUCUCACAGAUCACGGAGUUGAUGUCUCGAGGUGGUUUUCAUUUAACAAAGUGGGUUUCUAAUCACCGAGAAGUUCUAGAGUCCAUUCCUGCAUCAGAAAGAGCCUCCUCUGUGGUGAAUUUGGAUCUGGAGAAACUCCCUAGUGAUAGGACUCUUGGUGUGCAGUGGAACGUUGAAAGUGACACAUUUGGAUUCAAAAUCAAGAAUGAGGUUAAAAGAGAAACACGCAGGGGUAUACUUUCCUACAUAGCAGCAAUGUAUGACCCACUAGGUUAUGCAGCUCCAUUUGUGUUACCAGGAAAACAGAUUCUCCAACAGCUGUGUCGAGCAGGGUACAGUUGGGAUGAAGAGCUUUCCCAAGACUAUCUUUCUCUGUGGAGAAAAUGGCAAGGGAAUCUUUCAAUUUUGAACAGUCUUGAAAUUCCCAGAUGUUUUAAGCCACCAUUAUGUGAUGAAUUGCAGUCCAUUGAACUUCACUGUUUUUCUGAUGCUUCCCUUUCUGGCUAUGGUGUAUGUACCUACCUUCGAUUUGUGGAUACUUCUGGGAGAAUACACUGCAGCUUGGUGCUCGGAAAAUCCAGAGUAGCCCCUUUGAAGACAAUGACAAUUCCCCGUCUUGAGUUAACUGCAGCAGUCACUGCAGUGAAGGUCAGUAAGCAAGUCCAGGAAGAGCUACAGAUUCCUAUUCACAGCGUGACUUUUUGGACCGACUCGACUAUAGUGCUCCAGUAUAUCAGAAACACUUCGAAGCGCUUUCAAACCUUCGUAGCAAACCGAUUGCAAAUCAUCCAUGAUGCCUCGUCUCCAAGCCAAUGGCGCUAUAUAAGUUCAGGCGAAAAUGUGGCAGACUAUGCAUCGCGUGGGAUUCAUUUAGAUCAACCCAAUGAGGAUGCUAUCCAGACAUGGCUGAAUGGGCCAAAAUUCUUAUGGAAACCUGAACAUGAAUGGCCAGAGCAACCAGAGAUUCUUCAUGAUAUACCAAGUGAUGACAGAGAAUUGAAGAAAGGACAGACACGGGUCUGUUUAAGUCUGAUUACGGAAUUUCCCAAGGCAUGUGAAGAUAAGCUAGAAGAAAUGGUGAAUAGAUUUUCACAAUGGUACAACCUACAAAAGGCAGUAGCUUGGCUACUGCGUUUUAAGUCUUAUCUUCAAAAUCGUGACAAAGUCAACACAGGUCCAUUGACAGUUGUUGAAAUUACUCAAGCUACACAUGAAAUUGUGAAAAUUGUUCAGAGAAAGGUCUUUUUAAGAGAUAUAUCCAAAGAAAUGCCCAGUGAAAAGAUUAAUGCACAAGGAUAUCUCAGUCCUCUACGCAAACUGAAUCCAUUUCAGCAAGAUGGAGUUUUGAGAGUUGGAGGCAGAUUGCAACAGGCAGACUUGGAUGAAUCCAGAAGGCACCCUAUGAUUUUACCCAGUUAUCAUCAUGUCACAGACCUGGUUGUAAGGCACUACCAUGAGAAAGAAGGUCACAUAGGUGCUAACCAUGUUUUGUCAGUCAUACGUCAGCAAUUUUGGAUUGUGCAGGGACUUAAAACAGUAAAACGUGUGAUUGGCAGGUGCAUUGUGUGCAAGCGAUGGAGCUCUCAUCCAAUUAAACAAGUUAUGGCACCUCUACCUAUGGAUAGAGUUACACCUGGUGAACCGCCGUUUUCUUGUGUUGGUGUAGAUUACUUUGGCCCACUGCAAGUGAAGUGGAGGCGUGGAACUGCCAAGAGAUAUGGAUGUCUUUUUACUUGUUUAGCAGUCCGUGCAGUUCAUAUUGAAAUUGCUCAUAGUUUGUCCACUGAUUCCUUUAUUCAAGCUUUCUGCCGUUUUGUCAGCAGACGUGGAGCUCCUAGGAAAAUUUACAGUGACAAUGGAACAAAUUUUAAGGGAGCAGAACAAGAAAUCAAGAAAGCAAUGCAGCAGUGGGACUGUGUCAAAAUUGAGAAUAAACUUCGUCAGAAUGAUAUUCAGUGGUACUUUAAUGCUCCAUCAGCUAGUCAUACAGGCGGUGUAUGGGAGCGUAUGAUUAGAUCAAUCAGGAAAAUCUUGUGUUCUAUUCUAGGAAAUCAACUAGUAGAUGAUGAGACUCUGAUGACAGUACUCACUGAAGUGGAAAAAAUUUUGAACAGCAGACCCCUCUCUCCUGUGUCUGAUGACCCCAGGGAUUUGGAACCGAUAUCUCCAAGUUCUUUGCUACUUUUACGUCCCAAUGUGUGUGUUUCUCCAGAUGUGGAAGGAGACUAUUUUCAAGAUGGAUGGAAAAGAGCACAGCAGCUGGCAGAUCAGUUCUGGGAUCGCUGGCUAAAGGAGUACCUACCUACAUUGCAGGAGAGACAAAAGUGGCUGCGUCCAAAAAGGAAUCUGCAAGUUGGUGAUUUAGUACUCAUAAUUGAUGAAAAUGCACCGCGUGGUUGCUGGCCCAAGGCUCUGGUUCAGCAAGUUUUUCCAGACAGAUUUGGUCAUGUUCGACAAGUGAUGUUAAAGACUUCUAAGGGACAGCUACGCAGAGAUGUUAGAAAAUUGUGCCUCUUGGAGAUGUCAGUUUAAGUUAGUAGGUGUAAACUUGUUUUGCAGAACACUUAAGUCUAUAUGAGAUUAACAUGUUUUACUUAGACAUUGUUAAGUGCAUGAAAUUUAAGUUGGGAUUUACAUUAGUUUAUGUUUUCACACUUCAAGUAGGAUUGUUUACUCUUUGGUAUAGACAGUGACAAAGGUGGAUUCACUGAAUUCAUUGUAUGGUAUAAGUAUUGAAUAUGGGAAACAUCUUAAUGCAUAGGUAUACAGAAGUGGUUACCAAGUUUCAUUGCAUAUUUAAGUAUCUGUAUAUGGUGUUAGCAAGUAUUGUUCACAUAUGUUUACUGGCAUUUUGUCCUUAAAGAGAAAAACAUGUAUAUACUAAUGAAAAUAGUCAUAAGUGUUUUAAUUGCACCUUUUGUAUUGAAAGAGCGUCUUACAGUAGAGACGUCUUUGGGGCCGGUGUGUAGGUGCAAAAAUGCGCCAGCAGCACAACUAGCACAAUUCACAUAUAGGUCAGAUGUAGUCACGUGACCUGCUAGCUUUACCAUGCAAUGUGAAGCAGACAUUAUGAACUUAAGAGACAGGCAGGUCCAGAUUUUGAAAGUUAUAGACAAGCAGGACCUAUUAAUAGGAGACAAGGGAGUCAAUGUUUCACGGUUGAUUUCAACCCGCCAUGGUUGAUUGGAUGUUAGAAAGCAAGAAUAAAGAUUAGUUCAACCCGUCAACAUUCCCGUCUUGUUGCCUGU